AUGACUACCUUUCGAGUCGCCACUGACAAUGGAGCGUCGGACGGAGCCCCUGGAGCAUCAAAAUCAAAAACGAGCGGCGGCGCGACACCUGCCACGAACGGCGCGCAACCGAAUGGGGCAGGCACCAUCCCUUUGAGCGCGCGCAAGGCAGCACCACUCGAUCUCGCCACGGUAGAGCGCAGAGGGCAUGGAGCGCCAAACAACCUGCCGCCCAAACAGAACCGUCUCUUCGGCCUGCGCGAGGCUCCUACCUAUCGACCGACCACUGAGCAGUUCAAGGACCCUGUCAAGUACAUCCAGAGCAUCCGCGAAGAGGCGCAGAAGUACGGCAUUGUCAAGAUUGUUCCGCCGGACAGCUGGAACCCUGGUUUUGCCAUUGAUACAGAGCGCUUCCAUUUUCGCACGCGACGCCAGGAGCUGAAUUCUGUCGAGGGGGGUACACGUGCCAAUCUGAAUUAUCUGGAUCAGCUCGCCAAAUUUCACAAGCAGCAUGGCCACAGUCUCACGCGCUUCCCAAGCGUGGACAAACGGCCAUUGGACCUUUACAAACUCAAAAAGGCCGUCGAGAAGAGGGGUGGCUUUGAACGUGUCUGCAAGCAGAAGAAAUGGGCUGAAAUAGGACGCGACCUCGGCUACAGCGGCAAGAUAAUGUCUUCGCUGUCUACAUCCCUCAAAAACUCGUACCAAAAAUGGCUGCACCCGUACGAAGAGUACCUACGGUUGGUGAAACCUGGUGUGCAGCAGAUGCUGGAAUACGAGCACGGCGGACCGUUUACACCCUCACCAGCACAUUCGCCUGUGAAGAAAUCGCUACAGGGCACGCCUGCAGCCAAUGCCACCGAGUCGCCCGCUAUGAAGGCUUCAGCAGCUCUCAACGCGACUCUGCACAAUGAAUCAGCUCCAACCCCGCCGCCCGAGCUCCCAAAGCCCGCCAUGCAGUCGGGCUUUACACCAGUAAAUUCCGGCGGCUUUACAGCGGUUAACGCGCAUCCACCACCUAAGCCAACUACGCAGCCCUCCACUCCAAGUUCCUUUGCUGCAGUAAACGCACCAAGCAGUAUGCAUCGAGAUGUGCUGGAGUCGCGCACUUCUACGCCGUUGCGCAACGUUGGCAGCCCAAUGUUGUCAGCUGACAACACCCCUGAUUUACGGCCAUCUGGUAUUGGCUCGACGCCAUUGUCCAAUGGACAUCAAUUCAACCAGCUGAAGCGCACUCUAUCCCAAGAUGCAGAUAGCAGUGCAAAUGACGAUGCAGAUGAGGCAAAUGGCAGGCGCAGUAAACGCCUGAAGAAAGAUGCUGCCCCCACUGUGGCCGGCUCUCACAUGACUCAGCCUCGCCAAUCCACGCCAGGCCGAUCGUUCCCUCGUGUGCGCGCCGCCGAUGAGCGCCCCGGUGAUCGUUGCGAAAAUUGCGGUACCGAUAAUGACCCCUCAAACAUCUUGUUAUGUGACAGUUGCGACUCUGGCUAUCAUGGCUACUGUUUAGAUCCUCCAAUCAAAGGCAUUCCUGCCUACGACUGGCACUGCCCACGCUGUCUGGUAGGCACAGGCGAAUUUGGUUUCGAAGAAGGGGGCAUAUACUCGCUCAAGCAGUUCCAGGAGAAAGCGCAUCAGUUCAAGCAGGGCCAUUUUGCUACCAAAAUGCCCUUUGAUCCAGUCACUAACGCACCAAAGCCGGUCACAGAAGACGAUGUUGAACGCGAGUUCUGGCAUUCAGUUGCGAACGUGACAGAGACUGUUGAAGUAGAAUAUGGAGCAGACAUUCACUCUACGACUCACGGCAGCGGAUUUCCAACCAUUGAAAAGAAUCCACGAGACCCCUACUCUACGGACCCGUGGAACUUGACUGUUUUGCCGUAUGCGCCAGAUUCGCUGUUCCGCCAUAUCAAGUCCGAUAUUUCAGGGAUGACAGUGCCUUGGUUGUAUGUGGGAAUGGUUUUCUCAACUUUCUGUUGGCAUGCCGAGGAUCACUAUACGUACUCUGCAAACUACCAACACUUUGGAGCUACCAAGACCUGGUACGGCGUGCCAGCCGAGGAUACCGACAAGUUUGAGCAAGCUAUGCGUGAAGCAGUACCAGAACUGUUUGAAAGCCAGCCCGAUCUCUUGUUUCAACUCGUGACGCUUCUCACUCCCGAGCAACUAUUGAAAGCGGGAGUCAAGGUUUAUGCAAUUGACCAACGUGCUGGCGAGUUUGUGAUAACCUUCCCCGAAGCUUACCAUGCUGGAUUUAACCAUGGUUUCAAUCUCAACGAGGCGGUGAAUUUUGCGCCAAGCGAUUGGGAGCCAUUUGGGGAGCAUGGGGUGCAGCGUCUCCAGGACUACCGACGCCAACCGUGUUUCUCUCAUGAUGAGUUACUACUAGCCGCGGCCUCACGCAAGGAUACGACCAUCAAGACGGCCAAGUGGCUUGGUCCUGCUAUGCAGCGGAUGCGCGAUCGGGAAACGCGCUUGCGGAGAGAAUUUCUCGAAAAACAUAAAGCUGCUAAAGCGCACACUUGCAAGGUUGACGGCAAGAGUAACGCGGACGCGCCCUGUGAACUUGACUUCAUCAUCGAUGAUGCUGACGUGCACGAGGAUGAACUAAUAUGUGCUUUCUGCAAGUGUUACGGCUAUUUGUCUCGUUUCUAUUGCCGCAACACGAAGAAGGUCUUGUGUCUACAGCAUGCUGGGUGGUUUGAGUGUUGUUCGGAUCUUCCAGAGGCCGAUCGUUACUCCGGAGCCAAGGGCCAGCAUAUGCUUAUAUAUCGCAUGCAAGAGGAUGCUCUGACGACGCUGGUUGAGAAGAUCGUGGACAAGGCAAGCACACCCGAAGUCUGGGAGUCCAAGAUGGAGAGCCUUCUUGCUGAGGGGCCACGACCGCAGCUAAAGUCUCUGCGUACACUUUUGCACGAAGGAGAGAAGAUUGACUGGGAGCUGAACGGUCUUCAAGAUCUAAAAGACUUUGUCGAAAAGUGUCAAGAAGUAGCUGACGAAGCGGUUCUGUACACGACUAGAAAGCUGCAGGCUCGCCGCAAAGCCGAACGUCCCGGUAGGGGAAGACCCAGCAAGUCGGCCAUUGCAGAGGCGGAUGAGAAAGAACGCGAGUACCGCAACGUUGAGAACAUUCAGAAACUUCUUAACCAGGCAAAGGACUUGGGAUUCGACAGCCCAGAGAUCACCACACUCCGAGAACGCGCAGAAAGUAUCGUGGAAUACCAGAACAAAGCACGAACUGCCUUGCGCGACCGGCCUGCUGAGCAGAGCAUCGCACGACUUGACGAGCUUCUCGAAGAAGGCAAGGGCUUCAAUGUCGACCUGCCUGAGCUUGAAUCGCUUGAAAAGGUUGUACAACAACUUAGAUGGCUACAAGAUGCACAGGAUUUCAGAGUCAAGCCGGCACCUACCCUCCAGGAAGUUAGUGAUCUCAUCAAAAGCGGAAUCGAAGUUGGCAUGCCCGAACACCAUCCCGACCUUCAGUUCCUACAAGACAAACGCACGCAAGGCGAGUUCUGGGAGAAGAAAGCGAAAGAGCUUAUGGAAGUGGAGCAUGUGCACUAUCAACAACUCGACGCUUUCUCCAAGCAAGCGACCAACUUGCCGGUGACACCGGAGACACGAGCGGCUAUGGAUGCAAUUCUCAAGAAGCAGCGGGACGCACAGGAGCUCAUCAUGUCUUUGUAUGAGCGAAGCAAGAAUCCAGACUUCACCCAGCGACCUCGAUAUAUGGAAGUUCGCAAUGCCAUGGAGGGGCUCAACGCACUGAACUGCAAGCCAGCUGGGACCAGCGAUCUCGAGAAAGAACAAAAGCGCCAUGAAGACUGGAUGCGACGAGGCAAGAAACUUUUUGGCAAAGCCAAUGCGCCACUUCACAUUCUACAUGCGCAUAUGAAACAAGUAGACGAGCGCAAUCGGGCUUGUUUCGACCUUUCUGACCAGCCUCGGAUGCCUGUGGAACCUGCUUCGCGCGAACAGAGCCCAGCAGAUGGAGAAGAGGUGGAUGGUUCCGGGUCGAGCCGCGACGUCUUUUGCAUCUGCCGCAAACCCGAAGCUGGUAUGAUGAUUGAAUGCGAAUUGUGUCACGAAUGGUACCAUGGCAAGUGCCUGAAGAUUGCACGCGGAAAGGUCAAGGAGGAUGACAAGUACACAUGCCCAAUCUGUGACUACCGCGUAAAGAUUCCGCGUGAUGCAACCCGACCGAAACUCGAAGACUUGCAACUAUGGCAGGACGAGCUUCAAGGACUGCCAUUCCAGCCAGAGGAGGAGGAGACACUCGAGUCGCUCAUUGAGCAUGGCACCAAAUUCCGCGAUUACGUGGCGCGAUAUAUAAAUCCCAUGAUGUCAAGCCCCGAUGAGCUUACUACACAGCGAUUCUAUCUGCGGAAACUUGAGGGCGCCGAAAUUCUCCUCGCGAAUGAGAUCAACUUCUUCCGCCAAGAGCUGCAUAGAUGGGCACCCGUUGCACCAACACCGCCACCGAUCCUACAAGUAUCUCUCUCGACGCGGAAGCCUCGGCCGACAAAGCAGCAAAAGCUGAUGAACCAAUUGGGGAUAACUAAUCCAGAGGAUCUUCCACAGCACUUGAGGACCAAGGCGCAUCAGUUCAAACGCAAGGAAGGGGACGUCACCAAACCCUCGAGUCCACCACCAGGAUCUGGCGAACAGUCGCACACGCCACCCGGAGAACCUCGCCAAAGCCAAGGCGACAGUGAGUACUUUAACCCGGCUACUACGUCGGCAUACAACAACUCUCCAACGUUUGCUACGACGGCCCCUCUCAGCUUUGGUGGAGGCUCUUCUAUCGCACCAAUCGAUCCAGGUCUUUUUGAGAGCUCAGGGCCAGCAGGUCCGACUAGUCCGAUGCAAGAUCCAUUCAAGAGCUCGGUCAGUGGGCACGAGAUGUUUGGUGAAGCGAUGGAGAUGGGCGGUGGCCAGGCCGAGGAAGCCUUGGCCGUCACUGAAGGCAAUAACUACGAGGACUAG